AUGACAUCAGCCUCGUUCCAUAAUGAUCUACCUACACUUGAGCAAGUGUUGACCCGCAAAACACAGCCACCUGUGUGUUUAUACAAUUUAUACAUUAUCAUGCGUGAUCGCCUACACAUGGAAGAAGUACUUGAUUUCUAUCUCGACGUACAACAUCAUGAGCUGCUUUGGCGCCGCUACGUAAAGACCAUGCGACGAUCCGGGUAUCUGACUGAAGAAGAUUUAGCUGAUGGAUUCCAAUCGCCUCGCGUAUUGAGUCGAUUAUCCCAGGCCAUUUUGAACAGACAUGACUUGACCGACUCGGCACAUCGAAUUUUGUUGCGAUAUUUGGUACCUUCGGCAUCCAAGGAACUGACACAGUUACCGCCGGAAUUGAAAGCAACCAUGCGACGACAGUUGGAGGAUGGCGGUCGGGACGAUCCGCUCGUGUUUACCGAUGGCAAGGAGUAUCUGUUUGAAUAUAUGCGCCGGAACGCGUAUCCCAAAUUCUUACGGUUGAAGGUGUGGGGCAACCUGACGCUGUGGCAGCAAAUGCUUCGAUUAGUCAUAGGCCUUGUUGCCCUGUUGGCCGGUCUUACGGUUGCUUUCAGUUUGAUCUUUCUUGGUUAUCCACAAUGGGGCGUACGAUUUUGGGUAAGCAGUAAUAAAUUAAAUUAA